AGAGCAGUGUGAUAUUAUGAAGCAGCGGGAUUUUCCUCACCCUGGUGCUUAACAAGUGAAAGCUAAAGCAAAGCAUGCAUACGCAUAUGCAUAGAUUCAGAGCAAGGGUUUUUCUGCGCUCAAUUUCACUUUGUAAAUCUAAGUGGCAUCAACACCAUGAGGCUCAAAUUCACUUCUCUCAAAAUCGCACCUCCAAAACAGUAUAUAACAAAAUGCAGGUCCUGAAUUUGUUGGAUUUGCAACAGAACCAUCUAUGCAGAUGCAAGUGCUUAAGGCACUCUGCUCGGGUGAGAGAAAGAAGGCUUCAGACUUACUUUUGGGUUUUGGUUCCAGAACCCACUUAUUAACAGCAGACGAUUUUCUUCAUAUUUUUAAGUACUGUGCACGCUCUCCUGAUCCAUUGUUUGUAAUGGAGAUUUGGAGAUUCAUGGAAUCAAAAGGUGUUAGCAUGAACAAUAUAUGUUCAUCUCUUAUGAUGGAGGCCCUUUGUAAAGGAGGUUACUUGGAGGAGGCCUUUGAUAUCAUGGAUUUUCUCGGAGGAAGUCAAUGUCUAUAUCCAGUUCUCCCACUUUACAAUAGUCUCUUAGGAUCCUGCACGAAAAUGCAGAGUCUAAUUCAAGCAAACAAAUGUUUGGACUUAAUGGAAAAGAAGAUGGUAGGGAAGAGUGAAGUUACAUAUACCGAGCUUCUCAAGCUUGCAGUUUUGCUGAAAGACUUGCCAGCAGCCCAUCUUGUUUGGCAGGAGUAUAUGAAAAACUAUAGCAUGAGUAUCAUUGCUCUGCGUAAAUUCAUUUGGUCAUUUACAAGGUUAGGAGAUUUAGAAUCUGCUUAUAAAACACUACAACAAAUGGUGUCAUUAGCCGUCAGGGGAAACUUUUCUAUUGCUAAAACAGUUUAUGGGAAGUUGUAUUCUACUAGAAUGGACAUCCCUGUGCCUUCAAAUAAGGGGCUAGACUUGACUCUAUCAGACUUGAAGGAGAUAAAAAAAUUGGACUCUUGUACGAGUGCUGAAUUGUCUGGGCUGAAUGGAGAAGAACACUCACUACUUGUGAAGGUGUUGAGGUGGUCCUUUAAUGACAUAAUACAUGGGUGUGCAAACCAAAAGAAUUAUAUUCUUGCAAGGAAGCUUAUGUUACAGAUGGAAAAUCUUGGUUUGCAGCCAUCCUGCCAUACAUAUAAUGGUAUUAUUAAAGCCGCUGUUUCUCAUGGAAAUUUUGGAGAUGCCAUAGGAGUGUUGAAAAAAAUGCAGCAGAAGAAUUUGAAGCCGAAUGAUUCAACUUUAGCAACACUUUCAAUCACAUGCAGCAAAGCACUACAGUUAGAUUUAGCUGAGGCUUUUCUGAAUCAGAUUUCUGGAUGUCUAUAUCCACAUCCUUAUAAUGCUUUGCUAGCAUCGUGCGAUGAAUUGAAUCAACCUGAACGUGCUGUGCAAGUGUUUGCCAAGAUGAAGCAGAAAAAAGUUUUGCCUAAUAUCAGGACUUGUGAGCUUCUAUUCUCGUUAUUUGGUGUUGUAAAUGCCCCUUAUGAAGACAGUGAUAUACUGUCACAGGUGGAUGCUGCUAAAAGAAUAAAUGCUAUAGAAAAAGAUAUGGUCACAAAUGGCAUUAAGCACAGUCAUCUUUCAAUAAAAAACAUAUUGAAAGCCCUUGGAGAAGAAGGGAUGAUAAGAGAGCUGAUCCAGUAUUUACACCUGGCAGAGAAUCUUUUCAUUUAUCGAAGCCCUUCAUUGGGAACACCUAUGUACAACACAGUGUUACAUUAUCUUGUUGAAGCCAAAGAAAGUGACAUGGCGAUUGCAGUUUUCAAGAAGAUGAAGUUAUGUGGCUGCGACCCGGACUCUGAGACAUACAAUAUAAUGAUUGACUGUUGUACCAUCAUACAAAGUUACAGUUCUGCUUGUUUGCUGAUUUCAAUGAUGAUACGGAAAGGGUUUUGUCCAGCGAUAUGUACAUAUACCGCUAUCAUUAAGAUUUUGUUGGAAGAUGACAACUUUGAUGAAGCCCUGAAUCUUUUGAAACAAGUCAAAUUGGAUGGCAUCCAACCUGAUGUACUGCUGUUCAAUACAGUUCUUAAACAAGCUUGUUACAAGGGAAGAAUUGAUGUAAUUGAGUUCGUUGUGGAGCGUAUGCACCGAGAGAAAGUUCCCCCCGAUCCAAGAACAUGCGGCUAUGUGUUCUCUGCAUAUGUAAAUUCUGGUUUUCACAAUACAGCAAUUGAAGCCUUGCAGGUAUUAAGUUUGCGUAUGAUGUCUGAAGAUGGCAACAUACUUGGGGAGAAGAAAAAGUUUGUAAAUGAAUUCAUUCUGUCUGAAGAUUUGGCUGCUGAGUCACAGAUACUCAAGUUAUUUGAAGAUUCUGAAGAUGAACUUGCAAUUGGGUUGUUGAAUUUAAGAUGGUGUGCCAUAGCUGGAUUCCCAAUCUGCGAGUCAGCUGAUGAAAGUAUGUGGGCAAGAAGACUGGAAGGAAAAAGAUUGUGAACCCGAGUUUUACGAAGACACCCAGUUAGAUAGUUUUAAUAGAGACACAUUCAGCUCUGCGCAGGAGUUAAAUUUUUUAAUCCUAUGGAUACAAGUUUCGAUCAUUUUGGAACUAGCUCAACUUUUCUGAGUUGCACCAAAUUUGAAAUUUUUUUA